AUGCUGCUACGACAUCUUCCCUUUGCGUCGUCAACGACGCCUCUCCAGGCACUGACGUACCUCCUCGGCAUCUCCCUCUUCUCCAUCUCAUUUCUUGUCUUCCUAAACAGCUCUGUUUCUUUUGUUAUUACCGAUUUGAUUGGGCAGAAGGAAGGCGUUGGCGAUGUUGUAGGAACGCUCGGCUUCGUGGAUGAGCUUGUUGCGCUUGUCGCCUGUCCCGGAUGGGGUCUUGUGUCGGAUCGUCUGGGUGUAAGAUGGGUUGCUGUUAUUGGAUAUGCAACAAUCGGACUUUCGUUGGCUUUGUUUGUACAGGCGACGAAUGUGUAUCCUCAGUUAUUGCUGGCUCGCGUGUUAUUCGCAGUCGGCGCAUCCGCAACGGCGACUAUGGUCACUGCUAUUUUACCGUCUUUGACUGAUGACAGUAACGAUGAGGAGGAUGAAGCCCGAGCUAGAAUCAAGGCGCUUCAGAAUGCGACUGCUCGCAACAGCAUCGCCUACUCUGUCGAAUCCGAGUCAACUAUCACCCAGGAGCGAUACACCCAGUCUGUAUCUGAACCGAGCAUAAAAGGCCCAUCUGAUGCUGCGGCUGGAAGACCAUCGAAACUAGCAGGCUUCGUCGGACUCUUCACUGGAUGUGGUGCUCUCGUCGCCUUGACAAUGUUCCUCCCACUCCCCGCCAAAUUUGGCGAGGACGAGGAUACAACACCUGCUGAAGCUGUGUCUUAUAGUUUCUAUGUCGUCGCUGUUGUCGCAUUUGCUGUGUCUUUGUUUGUCGCUAUCGGUCUUCGUAACAUCAAGGGUGAGGAAGGCAAGGGCUUUAGAGUUCUUCUUGGACUCAAGAAUGAGAAUGAAUCUGCUUCGGGGUCUGAUGGAAAUGGCCGACAAAGGAAGCUGGCGCCCUAUCUAAAUCUCAUGAAGGAUUCAGUAUUCCUUGGUUUUGUCGACUCACGAAUCGGUCUCGGAUACGUCGGCGGCUUUGUCGCUCGAGCCUCAAGUGUUGCGAUUUCGCUUUUCAUCCCUCUCUUUGUCAACACAUUCUACAUCAGCAACGGUUUCUGCAAAGGCUCGCCUCACGACCCAUCGCCCGAGCUCAAGGAGGAGUGCAGAGCAGCUUAUAUCCUGUCUUCCAUCUUGACUGGCGUCGCGCAACUCAUGGGUCUUAUUUGCGCACCGAUUUUUGGAUAUCUCGCCAGUCGACCUGGCCGUAUCAACUACCCCAUCGUCGUCUCGACCGUUUUCGGCAUCGUGGGCUACGUUAUCCUGCCACAACUCGCCAGCCCUGAGAUCAAGGAUGUAGACGGCCGGGGUGGUAGCCCUGCCAUCUUCUUGGUCGUCUCUCUCCUCGGCAUCAGUCAAAUCGGUGCUAUCGUCUGCAGUCUUGGAUCUCUCGGUCGCGGUGUUCUUGCAGUCGAGCUGCCUCGCGCAGCGCGCCCGGAAAGCCUCCUACAGCCCGAAGACUACGAAUCUGCAAAUGACGAGAAUCGACCUCUUAUUAGCAUCACAACAGACCAAGAGUCGGUUUCGCGUAUCCGUCUUAAGGGCUCUAUCGCCGGUGUCUACUCGCUGUAUGGCGGGUUUGCCAUUUUGCUACUCACAAAGUUGGGAGGAUACCUGUUUGACACGCUCUCGAAUGGUGCCCCUUUCUACAUGAUGGCCAUUUUUAAUGCUGUCUUGCUUGCGUUUUCUCUUGGAAUGGAUGCUUCGCGUGCGUACUCGCAUCAUGCGUAA